AUGUCUGUUUUCAUCUUCUGCAAGGAAUCCCCGACCUUGGCUGCAAAGAUCCUCAGGAUGCAUGCCUUCGCCUGUGUCUAUCUGGAGCCUAUUAUUUGGUGGAAGCAUUUUGGAAGACGUGCCGCCAAUCUACCAACCGAUACUGUGCGGGACAGGCUUUUACCAUUUUAUGCUGCGCACAUUAAGCACUCGAUUACAGGUCGUUUGACUUGGAUCCUUAUGGCCAUCUUGGUCACAGGUACAGCAGAAAACUGA